AUGAAGAAGUAUGAUGCUGUCAUCUCCUUGGGAGAGAAGAUGCAGAAGCUGGGAAUUUCACAUGAUCUCUUUACUUACAGCAUUUUCAUUAAUUGUUUUUGUCGACGCUCUCAAAUCUCUCUUGCUUUAGCUCUUCUUGGCAAGAUGAUGAAACUCGGCUAUGAGCCCGAUGUUGUCACGCUUUCUUCUCUUGUCAAUGGUUUCUGUCACAGUAAGAGAAUUUCUGAUGUCCUAGCUUUGGUUGAUCAGAUGGUGGAAAUGGGAUAUCAACCCAAUACCGUUACAUUUACAACUCUGAUUCAUGGCCUUUUUCUCCACAACAAAGCUUCCGAAGCUGUGGCUUUAGUUGAACGGAUGGCUUUGAAAGGUUGUCAACCGGACCUAGUUACUUACGGUGUAGUAGUAAACGGAAUCUGUAAAAGAGGUGACACUGACUUGGCUUUAACUCUGCUCAAGAAGAUGAUGGAGAAUGGGAAAAUAGAGGCAAAUGUCGUAAUCUACAGCACAGUCAUUGAUAGUCUUUGCAAAUACAAACAUUUGGAUGAUGCUCUCAACCUGUUCAACGAAAUGGAGAAGAAAGGAGUUAGACCUAAUGUUGUUACCUACAACUCCCUCAUAAGUUGCCUUUGUAAUUACGGAAGAUGGCAUGAUGCCUCUCAACUACUUAGAGAUAUGAUUGACAGGAAAAUCAACCCUGAUGUAGUCACUUUCAGCGCAUUGAUCGAUGCGUUUGUGAAGGAGGGGAAGCUUACAGAGGCUGGAAAAUUGUACAAGGAAAUGAUUCAAAGAGGAGGCUAA